AUGAUCCUUCCUUCAAAGGAAGAUUACCCCGAUUAUUAUGAGGUUAUUCAAGAACCGAUCGAUUUAACCAUUAUCAAAGAGCGUAUGGACUCCAAUAAGUAUCCAACUCACCAAGCAAUGGUAGCGGAUUUGCGCCUCAUGUUUAACAACGCUCGCCGUUAUAACGAGGAGGAUUCGCAAGUUUAUCGUGACGCCGAUACGUUGGAUAGGGUAGUAAAAAAGCGGCUCAAGAGUCUCGGUCCUUAUGCAAGCUGCCCUCAGGGGAUACCUAGAAGUCCUGGCAUUCGUUCAUCGCAAGAUCUUGCAUCACCCUAUGGUAAUCUUGCUACAAUCUCGCAGCACUCUGGUCCCACCACUUCACCUUUACAGCGCCUGAUGUACGAAGUAUUCCAGGCUGUGCGGGAAUACCGUGACCCCAUGGGCCGUCAACUCUCGACACCUUUCCUUCGUCUCCCCAGCAAGGCUGAACUUCCUACAUACUAUGAGUUUAUAAAACGACCCAUAGAAAUGCAAGAAAUUGCAAAGUUUCUCCUCCAAGGUGGUUACACCGAGUUUGAGGAAUUUAUGUCAGAUAUUUUCCUCAUGUUUGACAACGCUUGUGCUUUCAAUGAACCUGAUUCUCAAAUCUACAGGGACACUCUGGUGCUUCAUCAAGUUGCAUUAGCGAAGAGGAACAUGCUUCUCUCAGCGGCUUUUUCCUCAGGAACUGUAAUACCUGGGAUGUCGCCCUCUAAUGCACCGGAUAUUGUGCCGGGCGUUCGGCGACUUCUUACUAGCCUACAUAAUGCUAUGCUCACCGCCUGCGAUACUGAUGGCCGGGGUUUGGUGGAUUCGCUUAUUGCUGGCGAUGGAACAGAAACUUCGGUGACUUCGGCCACGGCGGCAAGGUUGGCGGCGCUUCACCGGAGUGUCGCAGCUGGUGCCUACAAGCGUUUAGAUUGCCUGCAAUCCGAUUGGCUUGAGGUCCUUCGUCGAGCUCGUGUUGGCGAAGAGGAGGAGUGCAUGGCAGCACUUUCUGAAAUAGAUGCGAAAAGCAAUUUACCAACCCCACAGCAACGUCAAGACGCUGCAGAGCUUGCGAGGCGUUGGAUCCGUCUACGCGAUUCUAUGUGCAGGCGUGCUCCAUCCGGUAGCAUUCUGAAUGCACAAUCAUCGAUGGCUGGGGAAUCGAGUGGCAGCGAAUCGGGGAGUAGCGGAACUCCUGGCAUGUCACUUCCUACAGGAUGGCAUAUAGUUAGCACCGCCAUGAGCUACACUGAGGCUGUAUUGGAGCGUGAUCUCAAAGACGAGGCUACUCAACAUGAACCGAUGGUUUUCUCUGACGACGGAGAAGAAAAGUUGCCUCCGCUAGAGGAAGGGGAAAGUGAAUUGCAGUCAGUUGAAUCCAAAGGAAAAACAUUCCGUGUAGGCGAUUAUGUUUACAUUGAACCAUUGCGUCAGGACGUAACACAAUACCACAUUGGUCGAAUCACUCGAAUCUCUGAGACUUUUGUCAAGUCAAAGGAAGGGGCGGAGAGCAGCAAUAAAGUGGCUGAAACAACAGAGGUAAAAGUGCGAUGUGCUAUGUACAUGCGUCCAUCAGAGGCGAAACCGUCACGCCGAAGACGACUGCUGGCCGCUGAGGUUUUUCGCACUGCUGCUGGUGAGGUUGUACCCCCCAGCAAGCUCUCCGGUCACUGUCUUGUUAUGCACAUACCCCACUUCAUUCGUAGUCGUCCUAAGAACAUUGAGGAGCGUGACGUUUAUGUGUGCGAAUCGCAAUACUCAAUCACUAGCAACCUGUUUGCUAAAAUACGGCGGUGGGGAGCACCAACCCCUAGUGGUAUUGAGCUUGAGGAUCGUCAGUUGCCAUUUGUACCUACUCGCCUGCCUCCAAGUGAACCGUUAGAAAGUGCCCUUGAGCAAGUCAACACGAACUCCUUCUCGUGCAUGGCUUUUCCUUUACCAAGACAUCCUCAGGUUAGUCUUGCCAGUCUACUUAUCAAUGAAGCCUUUGCCUGUUCUUAA